UAUAAAAGCAGUUACUUACAGUUAGUUACUUUUCGCAAUUCUUAUUGCACGUUUUUUUGUCGUCUUUUUUGUGCUCGUGGAAAAUAUUAUUUGUAAAAUUACAGAAUGGAGCGCUACAAUCGCGUCUAUAGAGAUCCCGCAUCCCCACUGACCCCACUAACUCCGCUCUCCACCGAAGCUUUUACAUUCGAAGAUGUCACGCCCACUGGGGGCGUUUGUAGGAAGGGUUCCGCGAAAUACGGACUCUUUGGAAUGCCAAAGAAAAAUAAUCUUACGGUUCCAAACAGUCGACCGGCAUUGUCCGGACUAAAACGACUAUCGGAAUCCACUUUGCCCCGGCGAUUUUCACAGAAAUUUAUGCGCACGCGUUCCGUAUUUUCGCCCACAAGUCAAAGUACCCUUAUAAAUGGGGAGACCAAGCUACUGGGAGAAUCCGGAGAUUCGAAGCUACUGAGAACUAGGAGGGAAGACAGGCCAAAGCCGGAUAUCCGACUGCAGCAGGAAACGCGGCUGAGGCAGGAGGAAUCCAAGUUGAAAAGUGCGCGAACAAAAAUUAAAGUGGAGAACCCCAGGAGUCCCACUCCCAGUAUCCAUCAUCCACGCUAUAAGCCCUGCUCCCCGGUGGAGCACCCCACAUUGAGUCCUCGGGUCAAAUCUCUACUCGAUCGCACCGGGAACGCGCAUCUCACAGAGCUGUUCACUCGCCAGGAGAUCGACAUCGAGGUGCUCAUCCAAAUGACCCUGGAGGACUUGGCGGCACUGGGCGUCCGCGGCGCCCGGGAGAUCCGAUUGGCCAUGAAUAUUAUCCAGCUGGCCAAGCAAUUCUUCUGAUUUUAUAUCCUGUUGGAUUUCUGCUAAUUUUAAACUGUUUUAUGUCAUGUGGAUUUGAAUUUUUAUGUGAAAUUUUAAUAAAUGUUUAAUGUGGUCUUAAAAAA